UGGCUGCGCUGUUUUCGUUGCUGGCUGCGCACGGCGCUAAAAAAUUCUAAGUGUACAAAAAAAAAAAGCAAAUUAAAUAUGAAACGAAGCGCUAGCGACACACCAAAUGUGCAAUAAUUUUCAUAGAUACGGCAAGUGCAUGCAAAUUUUGUUAAUGAAGUGAAAUAAAAUUGGAGAUUGCUCGCAUAAUAAUCGCCAUUUGAUGCAGUCACAAAUAUAAUUAUAAAUUAAAAAGUAAAGUUUGUCCAAUAAGAAAGCAACAACAACACCAACAACAAGUGACGCAGCUAGUGUGCGUGCGCGUUUGUGUGCAUGUUUAUGUGCUGAGUGUGUAUGGCUUGAAUAGAAGUGAUUACUCCAAUAAAACACGCCUAGUAGCGGAGCAACUAUAACGACAGCAACAACAACAACUACAACAAAAAUAGCUUGACCAUGGAACUGAGCAAUUUCUCAACAAAUAAGAAAAUGUCACGCGAGGAGCGUCGCUACUCAGUGCCGCAUGGCCCAAACACACCGCUGCCCCCGGCUGCUUCAGAGGAUUUGCAUGCCUGGUCCAUUUAUAGGCAAAAUCUGAACUCUGACUUCACCGACUCAGCGCUGGGCUCAUCCGACAAAUCACCGCUGCCAUAUGGAAAUUUCCAGCUACGCGACACAACAGUGCAAUCCAUAUUGAAUCAUCCACGCUAUGGUCCAAAAUCCCCGCUGGGUUCCAACAUGUACACAUAUUUAAAGUUUGGGCUGCCACGCGUUUUUCCUCCCAACGCCGGCUCACAGCGUUCCCAUCGUCCUGGACCGGGGCCGGGUGCCAUGGGCGUGCGUGGCCGUGUAAAUCGUGGCUUUCGCGAUAGCUCCGGCGGCGUUGGUGGCGUCGGUGGAGGUCCAGCUGCUGGGUCCUCCGGCUACGACAGCAGCGACAACGAAACGACACGCAGUCGCGUGCCGCCUAAUCUGAGAAAAUACCGCAGCGAGUCGGACUUCCGUGCCAUUGGCGGCAUACCACACUCGCGGCCAGAAUCACGGGCCCAAGGGGUGCCAGCAGCAGCGCUUAGGCAGGCCAACAGUCGCGCCAGCAUAGCCGUGGGCCAGCACAUCAAUGCCCACCAUCAGUAUAUGGGGAAUGGGGGAGGUGGCCACGGUGGCGGUGGCAAGCACUAUGGCCAUCGCUCGCACAGCGAAGCAGAUUUGUUAGGGGCCGGCGGGGAUGGGCUAGGCUACGGGGAUUAUGGUGAGUCGCGCAUCUACGGCAGCUCUCGGCAUCAUCACCAGCAGCAUCAGCAGACGCAUGGAAAUGGGAGCAGUCAAUAUGGACUGCAAGGGCGCAAACAGUCGAACAUUGGGCUCAUCUAUCCGAACAUACAAGUGCAUUGCCUCGAUGUAAAUCCCUGUCUGCGUGGGGUCUCACUGCAGGCCAAGGCAGGCGAUCUGUUUGCCAUUAUGGCGACGUCGCAGCGAGAGGGGACGGCGCUGGCCGAAUGUCUGGCAGGAUUGCGAGAGCGCAUGGGGGGCGAAAUUUUAAUCAAUGGCCAGCAGGUUAAUAGGCGGGGACUUCGCGAACUGUGUAGCUAUGUUCCCGCACUGGAUGUGUCAUCGCUGGAUCCACGCAUGAGCGUGCAGUGCACCCUCAACUUUCAUGCUGCUUUACGGGGACCCCUGGAUCGCAGCGAUUUAAAAGAGCGGAUGGAUGUGCUAAUUGAGGACCUGGGUCUGAACACGGUUCGUGCCUCGAAUGUAUCCACUCUUACGCAUUCGGAGAAGCAACGCCUUAGCGUCGCUUGUCAGUUACUUGCGCAGUCCUCGGUGCUCAUACUCGACCAGGUGACAAGUAACAUGGACAUUUUUGAUACAUUCUUCCUUGUGGAGUAUUUGCGCCAGUGGUGCAGUGGCGGACGCAUAGUUAUCAUGACUCUACAGCCGCCCACUUUCGAGAUCCUGUCCAUGUGCUCGGGCGUACUGUUGCUUUCCGGUGGUCGCACCGUCUUUUCGGGCAGCAGAGCUGAUCUGCCGCGCCACAUGGGCGAAUUGGGAUAUCCAUGUCCGCCCUUUAAGAAUCCUGCGGACUAUUAUCUUGACUUGGUUACCCUGGACGACUUGUCGGCAGCCGCCAUGCUAGAGUCCUCUGCGCGCAUAGAAUCCCUCGCAAACGCCUGGGAUCAAAUAAACUCUGAGCCCCCACUGGCCGCGCCUCCCGCUUCACUACCGAAUUUCACACUAAAAGCCGGCUUCUUUGGGCAGACAAAGGCGUUGAUUAAGCGGUUCGCUGGCUACAAACAACCUGGCUCAUUGCUUACCUGGAUUAGCAAGUUGAUUGCAGCGGCGGUGCUCUCCCUUUGUGUUGGCUGCAUCUUCUGGGACGUUCCCGCAUCAGAUCCACAAUUGGGUUACAACGAUCGCUUGGGCUAUCAUCAUUGCGUCAUGGCACUGGUCUAUUGGCCUCUCGUCAUGCUGACGAUUCGUGAUGCGCAGGAGGAUCGACGCCAUGCCGAGCGAGACAUACGAUUAGGCCUCUACUCAAGAAGUCUCUACAUCAUUGUCCAGAGUUUGUUUGGGCUCUUCCCGAGCUUAUGCAUUUGGCUGGCCUAUUUGUUGCCUGCACACAGUAUGGCUGGACUGUACACCUACUCCAACAGCAGUGACACGGGCAUUUAUCUUUACAUGGGCUACAUGCUUCUCUAUCUGACCGUCAUUCAAACGCUGGCCCUCUUCUGCGCGCAUCUCUUGCCAUGCAAGGUUUCCGCGACCAUUUUUAAUACGCUUAUCACCUUCGCGUUGACCGCUGUGGGUGGCUAUCUAUUGCAUCCGCGUAACCUCUCCAGGUUCUGGUCCUGGCUGCAAUUAGCCUCCCCCCAGCGCUGGCUUCUGCCCGUUCUGGUGCAGGACGAGUUCAGCGCGGAAACGUUGACGAACUCGGCGGGUCUGCAGCUGUGUCGCAACAAGCAGGUUCAGCAUCAGGAGAUUAUUGUGCAGCAACCAUGCCCGCCGCCCAACGGCACCCAAGUGCUAGUCGACUUCCAGUUGCUGCCGCAGCAACAUGUUCUCGAUCCCACAUUUAGCUACGAUCAGACCACAUCGGUGGCCUUGGUGCUGGCCUCCGUGCUUAUCUUCUUCCUGACUUUCUGCGUCUUUGUGUGCAAUUGCCGCGGCGUUUGCCGCAAGCAGCGCAGUCGGCGGUAUUAAACUGGAGCCUUAAUCGUAUCCUGCAGCAUUUCAUAAUUGCUAAA